CCCAACCGAUAAUCUCGAGUCCCUGCGACAUCCAUGGGACAUCAUAACGCAAGUGUUCGACGGUCGCUCAGCAAAUGAAACAUUUCUGAGCACGGAAUACCGGGCACGCUCGUUCACUCGAUCUUGUGUCGGUUUUUUUCGCACGAAAAGAGCCGUGGAGCGCAAUAAAACUCAUACCAACAGGCAGGAUAGGACCUGAGCCUCGGGCUCCCGCGAGCGAAAAUGGCGGAGUGCAUCAAAAUCAAAGAGAAGAAAGCCCCCACCAUCGACUGGGAAGUCUGGGCGGAGACGCCAGGGCUGGAGCAAUUUGGUCAAGGGUCGGAGCUGGAACUCAUCGAUGGUGGCGUCGUCAACUAUGUUUACCGAGUGCGGAGCGACAAAGACAAAACACAGACGGUCGUUAUUAAAAACAGCGAACCGUAUGUGAAGGGGUUCACCAUGCAGCCGCUGAGUCCAGAGAGAGCGCGGGUUGAGUUCUGGGCAAUGCAGAAGAUGGAUAGCCUCGUACCAGGUUCGGUUCCGACACCUUACCUGUACCAGCCGGACUGCAAAAUCAUGGUCAUGGAGGACCUGGGCAGCUAUGAGCUUCUGCGUCAGCAACUGAACCUAGGCAAGUUCGAUACCUCCCUCGCCCGGAAGCUGGUUACUUGCAUUGCUAAGCUCCAUCGUGCCACCCACCGGGAAACGGUCGACGAGACCACACACUUGGAAAUGGUGCAGUUCUGCACCUUGAAUGACAUGCAGUUCAUUCGCACCGUGUACCUAUUCGACGACCCAUUGCAAAGGAAGGGGGAUGGGCAAUAUGCCCAAGAGAUGGAGGCGUUCACCCGGGACGAGGUUUUGCAGUCCAACUGGCUCAAGCUUCGGGCGAUAGACAUCGACAACCACGACUGCCUAAACCAUGGCGACUUCCACCCCAGCUCGGUCAUGGUCAAGGAGUCCUCCAUCAAGAUUUUUGACUUCGAGAUGGCGCACAUGGGACCGGCUGCCACGGAUUUGAGCUACAUGCUCUGCAACUUUGUCAAGUCCUUUCUCGACCACAAUUACUACCCGCUAUCGGAGGGUUCAACUUACCACGACCGGCUGAAGAAAGCGAUAGAUGACACAGUGGAUUCCUAUUUCUCAGAAGCUAUGGAGUAUCUGAGUGAGGCACACUGUACCCGCACGAUAUCAGAAACCGCUGGCUUCACCGGCGCAAGACUAAUCCGCAGGGUCUGGGGCUUACGGGAGCCGGACGAGGAUCUAAUCCAGCCACUGACUGACCAGGGCUGCUUGCGGAUCGGGACCCGCAUGGUCCGCGACUACGAGAAGAUCCGCACCACUGAAGAUCUCAAACGAUAUGUAAUGGACAUGCACGAGUAACGUCUACAACAAAGUGGGCAAUAAAACUAGCGCUUCCUCCAAUUUACUUGGCUAUGGCUUGAAAUUGCACACAGCUCUAUGAGAACAGAUUUACGCGGCAUCCAAGUACCGAUAAUUCGGACACGGCCUAAGUCUGGAUUAUGAGAAACAGUGGCUUUCGAAGCAUUUUGUAAACACAGCGUUCAUGCACUGCAUCAUUUUAUCAAUAAAAUUAGCUGAAAGGUAGCAAGUGGUUUUGUUUGGAAUAUAGUCUCUUACAUAUAACAAAUUUAUGGCACCAUUGCAGCUUUCUUAAUACAUGUUAACAACUUUAGAUUUAACCAUAUUCUAGUUAUUACAACACAGCGAGUUUGCUUAGCAAAGGUCAGAGUUUGGUUCAAAGAUGUCCGCGUAUACACGUGACCACGCCUGUUUGUUUCACAUAUCUGGCGUAGACAUCCCUUUAUUCUCCUGUGGUUCAGAAAACUCGGGCAAAACGCUCUUUUUUUCGCUCUCUGAUAACUCCUUCGCGCUGGAUUUUCGAAGGUGAUUUCCUGGACUAUUCCUCUCCAUUCGGCUACGGAUAACCUGACCUUAAAAUGCCUCUCAAGCUAUUUUUCAGAGAGGGGAAACAAUGCGUGGACCAUGUGUGAGUCCGCACAGCGUCCUCUAAGCACACAAUAUGCGGAAUUCGCUUGCGCCGGUGUCCACACUAAGCAUGCCUCGCUUACACAAGGUGUCCAUCAUGGGGAAUUUCUUUUACUUUUGCAUGUUGUGGUAUUUGAUAGUUACUGAAUAUUUAUAGAACUCUUUGGGUAACAGCGUUAGUGUCUUUUUAUUCAAAUGUUGUGUUUUGUUUGUGUUACGUACUUGCAUAUAAAGUUUUACAUAAAAAAUUAAAACCGUAUUGGAUUGUGCUUCGUUGUAUAUGCAUGAAUACAUUCAUAUUAAUUAAA